AUGAGCUCGACAAACUUCGCCGCUGCACAGGAGCGGGUGCUCGAACGCCGUCGUUUACGCGAGGCGGAAGCACGCGCCCGACGUGCGGAACAACAGCGGGCUUCCCCGAUCAACCCUGCUACCGUCCAACGUCUACCCUAUCCUCUGAACCGCAUCCCCGGUGCUGGCUGGUCGCUGUGGAAUAGUGUCAAAGGUCGAGAUGGGACACGGCCCGCGUUUCGAGUUGGCCAGGUGGAUGCCGAGCUCUUGGAUGAGGAAUUGCUGGGCCUGCUGAAGGGCCAGGUUGGAGAAGCUCUUAAAUACUUCGGGUCUCAAAUGCGGGAAGACUGGUCACAUGAAAUCCUAUUUGCGCUCCGAGCUAUCCUCUUCAAACUCUCGAUCUGGGAUCACAAUGCCUCUUACGGUGCAGCUCUGCAAGGCCUCCAAUAUAGCGAUAGCCGCGCUAAUGGCCCGGUGCUAUCGCCGCCAUCGAAAUGGCAGAAAUCAAUUUACGGCCUGUUGACCGUUGGUGGACGCUACGCCUGGGACAAGUGGGAGAGCUGGCUCAUCGGGCAAGAAGGCGGCUAUGAAGAGCCAUCGCAAGAAGUCCGCAUGCUGUCGCGCUUGACGGAUUUUAUCUCCACGUCACACUCGAUUGCGGCCUUUGUCUCGUUUCUCGUGUUCUUGGUGAACGGCCGCUACCGAACUCUGGUCGACCGCAUCCUCCGUAUCCGCCUUGCACCUCCAUCCGCCCAGGCCAGUCGAGAGGUCUCCUUCGAGUACCUGAAUCGACAGCUGGUCUGGCACGCGUUUACCGAAUUCCUCCUUUUCUUACUCCCGCUCGUGGGAAUCAGCCGCUGGAAGCGAUGGAUAGCUCGUGCCUGGAGGAAGACUGUGACUGCGAUCAAGUCUAGUGGAGAUGAUGAAGAAGUCAACGAGAAGCAGGGAGAGCUCAGCCACCUUCCCGAGCGGACUUGCGCUAUCUGCUACCGCGAUCAGAACCCUGCGGCAACCACCGAAACGGAAGUCCUUGCCGCAUCGGCGUCGACCGGCGGUAUCACUGGAUCUUCACAGACAGAUAUCACCAACCCCUACGAAGCUUUCCCUUGUGGAUGUGUGUAUUGCUUUGUUUGCCUCGUCCAAAAGGUCGAGGGCGAGGAAGGCCAGGGCUGGGUCUGUCUCCGUUGCGGUGAGGUUGUCAAGAAAUGCCAGCCCUGGAACGGCGAUGUCCUGGAGGAGGCUCGCUCACAGCCCGGUACCGGAAAGAUCGUUGGAUUUGCCAUGGACGAAGAGCCACGCGACGGAUCGCAGGAGGCAGACUCCAUUGGUGACAACGCUGUUGGCAAGUCGAGCCCGCUGGAAGAGAUCACUGCGGAUGAAGCUCUUCAGCACUCGAGUGAAUGGUCGACCGAGGAAAAGGAACCCGCGGAACACGAACACCCCGAGGAAGAAGCUGCCUCGCCUCAGAACCACUCAUGA